AUGAGGGCCACCGCCUCAAGCACCCCGCUGCAGAACAACCUGUCUGAGUUCUAUGCCAUGGUGAACUUUGUCAACCCAGACUCCCUGGGCAGCCUGCAGGCGUUCGAGCGUGUGCUGGCCGCACCCAUCAACAAGAGCCGGGAGCGGGGCGCGAGCGACAAGGAGCGGGAGCUGGGGGAGAAGCGGUCGGCGGAGCUGUCCCGCCGGGUGGAGGCCUUUGUGCUGCGGCGCACGCGGGAGGUCAACGCCAAGUACCUGCCGCCGCUGGCCAGUUACGUGGUGCCCACCCAGCUCCAGCUGCGCGUGUACAGCUCCGUGCUGGGCUCCUCCAGCGUGCGCAAGCUGCUGGCCACCAGCGGCGGCGACUAUGGGGACCAGACGCUGACGGUGCUGACCAACCUGCGCAAGAUCUGCAACCACCCCGCCCUCUACGCACCCGGCGGCGGCGAGGGCCAGGAGGCUGGCGGGGAGCAGCAGGAGGCCGAGUUCGAUCCAGACCAGUCGGGCAAGAUGGCGGUGCUGGGCGUGGUGCUGAGGGAGAGCAUCUCUGGGGCGGGAGAGCGGGUGGUGGUGGUCAGCCAGUCCACCGCCGCACUGGACCUGAAGCUGUGCGAUGGAUGCGGCUUCAAGACUGUGCGCAUAGACGGCGGCACCGACGUGGGCAAGCGCCAGGAUGUGGUCAACAGCUUCAACCGGCACGGCGUGUUCCUGCUGUCCACCACCGCCGGAGGGGCGGGCCUCAACCUGACGGGCGCCAACCGCCUGGUGCUGCUGGACAGCCACUGGAACCCGGCCAUGGACCUGCAGGCCAUGGCGCGCGUGUGGCGGGACGGCCAGAAGAAAGCGUGCGUGGUGUACCGCCUGCUCACCACGGGCACGCUGGAUGAAAAGAUGUACCAGCGACAGCUGAAGAAGGGAGACAUAGCUGCCACCAUGAUGGGCGGCGGCGGCAAGGCCGGCGGCGCCGCGGGCAGCAAGGCCGGCGGCGGCAACAAGGAGGAGCUGAGGCAGCUCUUCACGCUGCGCACCGACACCGCCUGCGACACACACGACCUGCUGGCCCAGGCUGCUGCGGCGGCGGAGAGGCAGGCGGGGCGGGGCGGCAGCGGCAGCGCAGCCGGGGGGGAGGAGGGAGGGGCGGCGGCUGCCGCAGCCCCAGAGUUCAGGGAUGUGUCGGGGAGCUGCGAGGACGGGCCGCUGUGCGCCGCCAUCUCGGCGGGACACGUCACCUUUGUGCACCUGGACCGCAGCCAGGAGCUGGCGGCGGCGGCGGCAGCUGCUGGCACUCAGCAGCAGGAGCAGCAGCAGCAGCAGGAUGCAGAGGCAUCUGUGGAGGAGGAGGAGCAGCAGGCGCCGGGGUGCAGCGGCGCAGAGUGCAGCGGAGCGGCUGUGGGCGCUGGGGCAGACGUGGCAGCGGCAGAGGCUGAUGGAGUGGACAGCUUGGAGGUGGAGAUGGAGGAGGAGAGCGGCUGGUGA